AUGUGUCUUCUUUCGCCGAUUUUUAUACUCCAAACACUCGUAGCGGUUAUAUCCCAGGUCAACCAGAGAGACGUGGUGGGUGUGAUCACUGACAUGUCAGGAUUGUCAAGAGAAGACUUGAAAGUAUUUCCAGUUGUGGAAUUUUCAAAUCGAUCAUAUGAUGUUGCGAAGGCUCUAUACCUGUUCAAUAAUAACCGAAUGGUUCAGCAGAAGGCUGACAGGUUCUACAGUGCUUUCCACAAUCUCAACAAAGGAGCGAAGGACUUUAUGGCAAAACUUUUCAAUCAAGGUGUUCGGGUAGCAAAAGGAGAAGUACACAACAAUAUCGCAAGACAGGAGUUCGAUGCCGCCAUGCGUGAAAUGGCAGCAAAUGACUGUACCAAUCUAGCACUCAGCUUUCCACAGUUGAAGCCAUUUAGUGGGUUUUAG